CCAGAUAAGCAUUUUGACCUCGAAACAGUGGUCCAGGCUAAAGUACGCCCGCUCUCAGUAGUCCCAGAGAAAUCAUUCAUUGGUUUUUUUCAUCCGGAAGGAAUCGAAGAUGAGGGAUUCGAUUUUCUCAAAGAUGCCAUGUCCUUUGACAACAUUUGGGAUGAGAUUACUAAAUCUGUUCAAGACAGUCCCAGUCAUGGCGAGUGCUUUGUUUACAUUGUGAGUUGGAAUGACCACUUCUUCAUCCUCAAGGUUGAACGAGAUGCAUACUAUAUCAUCGAUACACUUGGUGAGAGACUGUAUGAAGGCUGCAACCAGGCUUUCAUCCUCAAAUUCGACAGAGACACUACAAUUUUGCAGCUACCUAACACGAGUCAACAAUCAGAUGAGAAACCAGCUAGCACUAAAAAGGAGCAAACUGAUAAGAAGCAGGCUGCUAAUGAAGGGAAGAUUGUCUCAAAUAACACCAAUGAAAAGAUGGAAGAAUCAACCGUUGCAUUCAGAGAUAAAGUACCUGAAAAUGAGGACGAACCAAGCCUUGUUUGCAAAGGUAAAGAGGCUUGCAAAGAGUACAUUAAGAGUUUUUUGGCAGCAAUCCCCAUUAGGGAAUUACAAGUUGAUGUGAAGAAAGGGUUGAUGGCAUCUACACCACUUCAUCAGAGGCUGCAAAUUGAGUUCCACUCUACAAAGAGCUUUAACACUCAGCUGGAAUCGGAAUCACCCUCGGAAGAACUGACUGAUAACAGCUUGGCAUUACCAACAUCAGCAGCAGCAGAGAAUGAAGGGAAUUUGCAACUGGCUUUUAGUGGCUCUUGUUAAUGUUUUCUUCCUCACUUAUAUAGGGAUGUGCCAAUGUAAAUGACUAUGGAAAUAUCCAUGAGUAUAGUACUCUUUCUGUUCUCUCAAAGAGGGGAGGACAUAAAUAAUAAGUAUAUGACUUCUA